AUGUCAUCAACAAGCUACCAACCAGACAAUGUCAGCAGUCUCCCAAAGUGUGAGGAGUGCAGCAAGCAGUUCAUCAUCUGGAGAGCCACAUGCUUACUCACACGGGAGAAAGCCUACAGGUGUGAGGAGUGCAGUAAGCAAUUCAGUAGACUAGGUAGUCUGAAGAGACACAAACGGACUCACACAGGGGAGACACCAUACAAGUGUGAGGAGUGCAGUAGGCAGUUCAGUGUGCUAUGUAAUCUGAAGACGCACAUGCGGACUCACACGGGGGAGAAGCCUUACGGGUGUGAGGAGUGUAGCAGGCAGUUCAGUGACCCAGGUGCUCUGAAGAGCCACAUGCGGACUCACACAGGGGAGAAGCCCUACAGGUGUGAGGAGUGCAGCAAGGGGUUCAGUAUGCCGUGUCAUCUGAAGACGCACAUGCAGACUCACACAGGUGAGAAACCAUACAAGUGUGAGGAGUGCAGCAGGCAGUUCGGUCAAAUGGUUCAUCUGAAGACCCAUAUGCAGACUCACACGGGUGAGAAACCCUACAAGUGUGAGGAGUGCAGCAGGCAGUUCAGUCAAAUGUGUCAUCUGAAGAGCCACAUGCGGACUCACACAGGUGAGAAACCCUACAGGUGUGAGGAGUGUAGUAAGCAAUGCAGUACACUAAGUAAUCUGAAGACCCACAUGCGGACUCACACAGGAGAGAAACCCUUCAGGUGUGAGGAGUGCAGCGGGCAAUUCUGUACAAUAGGUCAGCUGAAGACCCACAUGCGGACUCACACAGGAGAGAAACCCUACAGGUGUGAGGAGUGCAGUAAGCAAUGCAGUACACUAGGUAAUCUGAAGACCCACAAGCGGACUCACACAGGAGAAAAACCCUACAAGUGUGAGGAGUGCAGUAAGCAAUGCAGUACACUAGGAAGUCUGAAGACCCACAUGCGGACUCACACAGGAGAAAAACCCUACAGGUGUGAGGAGUGCAGUAAGCAAUGCAGUGCACUAGGUAAUCUGAAGAGCCACAUGCGGACUCACACAGGUGAGAAACCGUACAAUUGUGAAGUGUGCAACAGGCAGUUCAGUCACCUGUGUCAUCUGAAGAAACACAUGAGGACUCACACCAUAUAAAGCCUACAGGUGUGAGGAGUGCAGCAGGCAGUUCAGUCAGCUGGAUCAUCCGAAGACUCACAUGCAGACUCAAAUGGGAGAAAUCCUAUAGAUGUGAGAUAUCUUGCUGAAUGAAGAUGAGAGAGACCCUUUCAAAAUUUAGGACUAAGUCUACAACUGUCAUGAGUUUCUACUACCAUAAAUAGUUUUGCGUACAGAAAGUGAGGAAACACUUAUGCUUUUACUUACACAGAAUAUUGUGUUGUAAAAUAACACAUGAAAUGUUGUAACUGUGUAUGCUGGGUUUCAUUUCUUUGAAGUGAUGAAAAGUGGAUGAUUUCGUCAUUAUUAUUAGAUACUUUCAUGGGAAGGCUGGGAAGUACACAAAGUUUUGUAUGUUUGAUUUUGUUACCCUUCAUACCACACUACUGGUAGUAUUGAUUGAUGUUUUCUAGUUUUGAAGUAUUUUGUACUAGUUUGGACAUAAGGUAUGUCACAAGGCAAACAUUACAAUGUAUUACUAGUAGUACUAAUAUAAGUAUAUUUCUUUGACUAUGUUUUUCAGUAUUAUGUUUUAUUUCUCAUAUUAUUGUACUAACAGGAUGGAACCUGUAGUCUUUGGAUCCCAUCAAUUGUUCCUUAGAAUAACACUUUACUAUACAUUUUGUAGUAGUAGUUUUGUUACGUUUUGAUUCAUUUUUAAAAAUUCCUGUAAUACUAAUAGUUAAAUAUUGUAGACCUUGAUUGUAGAUCUUGAUUUACAUGCCAGUUGAGUUAUGUGUUGUUUUUUGUAGCUUUAGGCACAGGUUUUCAGAGCGGGUGCUUUCUUCUCGAGAUGUUAAGCACAACCCUAACCCUGGCAGCUAGGGUUAGGGUUAGGGUUAGGGUUGGGGUUAGGGUUGUACUUAGAGCCAACAUGGCUAAAAAUGUGUUUUGGUCUGUCAAUCUUGGUCUCAUUGGAAUGGUCUCUUGGUUCGUAGCUUCAAUCUGAAAACCCAUUUCAAAAUGGGUGCUUUCUUCUCGAGAUAUGAGUUAAGCACAAUCCUAACCCUACCAGUUAGGGUUAGGGUUUGAGUUGUGCUUAGAGCCAACAUGGCUAAGAAUGUGUUUUGGUUGGUCAAACUUAUUAUUGGAAAGGUCUCUUGGUAUAUAGGUGUAAUCUGAAAACUGUUUUGAAAACGGGUUUAGAUAUUGAAAUGUUUAUGGUGCUUGUAUUUUUGUGCAUGCAUGGUUUUCACUGUGACCUUGGCACUUAAAAUUCAUGACAAUGUUAAUACAUUAUAUUUGCUUCCCUGCUUUCGAAAAGAAAGCACUCGUUUUGAAAACGGUUUUCAGAUUACAACUACGUACCAAGAGACCUUUCCAAUGAUACCAAGUCUGACUGACCAAAACAUAUCCUGAUCUUAGCCAUGGUGGCUCUAAGCACAACCCUAACCCUAAGCCUAGCUUCUAAGGUUUAAGAGGGAUGUGCUUCACUCACAUCUCGAGAAGAAAGUGCCCAUUUUGAAGACGGUUUUCAGAUUACAACUACAUACUGAAAGACCUUUUCAAUGAUACCAAUAUUGAGCUCUACGUACUUAUUAGCAAAAGAGAUUGUCUCAUAAGAUGACUACGUUAACAAACUAACUUUUGGCGUUUCUAUUUGUUGCUUCUGUUAUUUUUCUUUUUUUACAGUUGACUUAUAUCUGAUGAUAUAGUUUAGUGGCUGUAGGUGUAGGUACAUGUACCAUGUUGUUGAGGAGUUGCCUAUGUUUUUUUCUACUCAACAAUUUUCAA